AACAGCCACGCUGAAAAUCAACAACAUCUCAGAAAAGGGAUCCCAAACAGACAGCCAUGGACCAGAUCCUUGCCCAAGCCUCCGACACAUCCGAGCUCGACUUGCUCCUCGAUCUCAUGCGUAGGCUGCCCCCAGAGAAGAUCGAUAGUAACCUCCAGAGCCUCUUGUUCGUCUUACCCGAGUAUACCGACGACUUGCUCACCUCCAUCGAUCUGCCCCUCAAGAUUCAAGUCGACCCUUCCACCGGCAGAGAGUUCUUGAAUUGUGAUUACAACAGAGACCAGGAUUCAUACCGGAGCCCUUGGUCCAACGAAUACGAUCCACCCUUGCCAGACGGGACCUCGCCUGGACCAAAAUUGAGGAAAUUGGAGAUACUUCUGAACGAUGGUUUUGAUGUUUACCGGGAAAUGUAUUAUGAGGGUGGAGUUUCUUCGGUUUAUCUAUGGGAUCUGGAUGAAGAUUUUGCAGGGGUAGUCCUACUAAAAAAGACUAUCCAACCCAGCGAUAACUUAAGUGGAACUUGGGACUCUAUACAUGUCUUCGAAACCACCGAACGUGGACGUAAUGCUCAUUAUAAGCUCACUUCCACCGUCAUGUUACAUCUCGUUCAAUCUCACCCAGUACUUGGAAACAUCAGUUUAGCCGGGAGCAUGACGAGACAAUCCGAGCAGACCUAUCCACUUGUGACUCCAUCCACAUCAUCGAGCCUCUCGCCCACCCAUCUUCCGAACAUUGGAAGGUUGAUCGAGGAGAUGGAGAUCAAGAUGCGGAACCUGUUGAAGGAGGUAUACUUCAGCAAGACCAGGGACGUCGUCAACGAUCUGAGAUCGGUCAAUAAUCUAGGAGAGUUGAGACAGCGAAUGGGCGUCCAAAAGGAGCUCGUCGGCUUGCUCAAAGUCAAGGGCCAAUCGAUCGUCCCAAAGGAAUCUUAAUCAUUUCCUCUCUCGAUUUUUAUAUUUGUGCUAAUAACUGUUCUUAUAUAUUCACCUUAGAAGGAAAAUCGUUUAUGGACGUUUUUUUGUUUAUAAUAAUACUUGCUAAACUUUCUUCCUCUAUCAUCGCUUGGCUAGGGGUUUUUUUUUCAAGACUUUAUCCAGUUGAUCACUCGCCCUAUCAUUCUCCGUGCAGUUUUGUUGACUGCCCCCUUCAGUUUUGAACGUUGUCUGGCUGGAUGAGCACAGCAAGUGAUAGUGUUGCUUUGAACGUGUAUAGAUUUAAGCAUCUAUCUUUUUCACCUUACCAUAGAUUUUUUCCUAGCUAGCUCCUCACUUGAGAUCUGGGAUGAGCUGGGAUGCAUGACUCCUACAAUCAACCCCUUUUCAUGUGCUUGAUCACAAACUCCUGCCUUAAAGGUCAUCAUACUUUGAUACUGUAUGUAGAAAAGAAAAAUAGCUGAUUGGGGUUAGAAAUCUUGGUCAUCCAACAUUUGAAUGCA